AGCCAUGACGAGGCGUAAACAAGCCAAGCCGCGGGCCUUCAAACCGGAGGAGGAGGUGGCCUCCCCUGCAGCGGACGUGGCGCUGACCCCGGAGGUCAUGACCCCGGAGCACGAGCCAGCGCUCCGGCCGCAGCUGUUUGAUGAGCCUGCCCCUGGUGUGGACUCGGUCAGCUGUCGUUGGUGCUGUCGCCAGCUGAUGGUCGCCAGUGACAUCACAGCGCACCUGACGUCAGAGUGUCCCGGACCCGGCUCCGAAGCCGACCUCUCGACCGACACCCAGUCGACCAGCAGCGAGGUGUCCUUGACCUCGGGGUCACCGGGAUCGUCUGCCGAGCUCGACUCGCUCGUCACGAUCGGCACGACGGAGGCGACGCCGUACAAGUGCUGCUUCUGCGAGCAGGCCUACCCGCGCCAGACGCUCAUGAAGCUGCAUGAACAGACGCACACAGAUCAGCUGCCGUUCGAGUGCGAGUACUGCAGCCACCGUUUCAAGCACAAGCGCAGCAAGGACCGCCACGUCAAGCUGCACACCGGCGAGAAGAAAUUCAAGUGCAAGUACUGUCCGUCCGCGUACUGCCGCAGUGACCACCUCAAGAUCCACAUGCGCACGCACGACAGCCAGAAGCCGUACCAGUGCUCGGUGUGCAACCGCGGCUACCGGACCGCGGCGGCGCUCACCUCGCACCUGCAGAAGCAUAAAGAUCGGGAGGCGGCCGCCGCCGAGCGCGAGCCGCAGCCGUACCGCUGUCUCAAGUGUGCUGCCACCUAUCCGACGGGGGACGCGCUGCAGUGGUCGUGCCCCUACUGCGACCGGCCCAGCCGCUUCAGUAACGUCGAGGCGCUCUCCUAUCACAUCCAGACCCUGCACAUGCCGCUGAUGAUGGGCGUGGAAGGUCCGCUGCUGGGGUACGGCCUGCCGAUGGUGCCGCUGAAAGCGCCACUGUCGCCGAUCCACCUGGUCUCGCCGGGCGGCGCCGAGCCGGCCGCCAAGCCGCUCACUUGCAUGCUGUGCGCCACGCCCGUGUCGGACGCCGCCGCGCUCAUCAGCCACAUCCAGUUCGCCGCCGCCGAGCCGCUGGAGACGCACCUGGCCGCGCACCUGCGCGUCACGGCCGUGCGCUACGCCUGCCAGCGCUGCCAGCGCUCCUACCGGACGGCCGACGAGCUGCAGAAGCACCUGACGGACCGGCACGCGCAGACGCUUUACAAGUGCACCAUCUGCCACAGCACGUUCGACACGCGCGUCGACGUGCAGGUGCACUUCGCCGUCAGCCACAGCGACGAGGUGCGCGUACACUCGUGCUCGGCAUGCGGCGACGAGUUCGGCGACGAGCCGGCGUUCCUGCGCCACCUGCGCGGCACGCACAUGAGCGCGGCCAAGUCGUACCCGUGCCUGCUCUGCGGCCAGCACUUCGAGCAGCUGAGCGCCUACAAGCAGCACAAGAUCUGCGGCGAGGCGUUCUACGUUGAGUUCCAGCUGGACCGGCACGUGCAGGCGGUGCACGCGCACGAGCUGAAGCUCAACGGCGAGGCGCGGCCGCCUCCCAAGAAGCGCGCCGCGGGGCCGGGCGAGCAGCUGACGGCCGCCGCGCCGACAAUGAAGUUCCCCAGCCUGGUGCAGACCAGCAUCGACGUGGAGCUGAACCCGGCCUACCCGCCGGCGCGACACAAAUGCAACAUCUGCGACGACGUGCUGCCGUCGGCGCGCACGCUCGCCGAGCACAAGCUGAUCCACUGCAAGGUAGUGUACAGCGACACGUGCGCCGUGUGCAAGGGCACCGUGCGCUCAGCGACCGGCUACCAGCAGCACAUGAAGCAGCACAGCGCGCCCAACUUCCCCGUGUCGUGCGUCAUCUGCCAGCAGACGCUGGUGUCGGACGCCGAGGUGGCCAUCCACGCCGAGUUCCACCUGCGCCGCUCGUUCGAGUCGGCCGCCGACGAGGAGGCGCACGCGUGCAGCGGGUGCGUGCCGCCGCGCCGUGAGCUUUACCAGUGCCUGAUGUGCCAGCAGACGUACUCAGACCGCGACCAGAUCCGUGAGCAUAUAGCCACGCACCUGCUAGAGAACGCCAGCCACGCGUGCAACCUGUGCCAGCUGAGUUUUGACACGCCUCUCAAGCUGCAGAUCCACCUGAUUGAGCACAACUUUGAGGGCUGCGGCAGUUACAGCUGCUACAUCUGCAGCGCGGUGUUCACCGCCGCCGGCGGCCUGCAGAAGCACAUGGUGGAGCACGGUAUCGAGGUCAAGCCGUUCGACUGCGAGCACUGCCACCAGCGCUUUUUCUUCCGCACAGAGCUUGACAACCACGGAUUUCUGCACCGACUGGAGGGCUCCGUGCGCCGCGUGUCCGCGCCGUCGCCGCCGGCCGGGCGCGCCACGACGCAGCCAGCAACAGCCAAGAUGAGCAACCAGUGA